AUGAGGCCUAGAAUCGCGCUCAACGUCAAAUCCGUCGAGUACGAGUUCCUCCAGGAGCAGUUCGGAUCCAAGUGCGAGCUCCUCCUCAAAUCAAACCCUGUCCUUCUGCACAACGGCAAACCCAUCUGCGUAUCCGUAGCGGCGGAGGUAGGUUUUGACUCCGGCGAUGGCCGGGUGGCGGCAACCGAUUUUGGGGGCUUCGGUGAAUGGUCGAGGAAGGAGGUGGGCGUUUGA